AUGUUCUGGAACAACAAAAUCGGACGCAACGCGGUGCCCGUCGAGGACGUUCUCGUCGACAAAGACUUCUUUAUGCACUGCUGGCAGCACUCCGGAGGCUUCCAAGGCCGCAGUCUGCCUCGAAAGCACUGCGAGGAUUGGGUCUCGCCCAUCGGCGGCGACGAGCUGCCCCGAAAGAAAGUGAACGACGACUACGAAGACCCGCCGCAGCCCGUUCGAAAGCGCGGGCGACCGCGUCGCACGGCGGAAUCCAACGAGGACGCGAAGAACCAGGGGCUGGAGCGGAUGCGGAAGCGUCGAGAGCGGAGAAAGCAGCGCGCGAAGCAGAAGCUGAGCAGCCUGCGGCGCAAGCCGAACAGCACGACGGAGUUCACCAUCACGCGGAAGCCGCGAUCGCAGUCCGACCGGUUCCAGCAAGCGAUUCUGCUGUGGCUGAAGGACAGCCACUGCGGGCGACUGCUGCUGGAGAACGACGAGAACGUGCUGCUGAAGAUCCAGGCGCUGAUCGACGAGAAGAAGCUGCCGAUCUACGGGAACUGGAAGGGCUACUCGGUGGCGAACGGGACGAUCCAGGCGUUCUUCCGACACUACCGUCGCCGGAGCUACUACCAGCCGCAGCAGCUGCUCUUCAACAUCCGAGAGAUCUAUUUGUCGCUGCUGAGCUACUGCUAUCCGAGCGUGGACGCGGAGAAGCAGGCCAUCGCGAAGCUGGUGAUGAAGGACGCGCUGGAACUGACCGAUCUGACGAGCCAACUGCUGGACCCGGAUCGGUUCCGAAUCACGAAGGAAAGUCCGGAGAAGGUGUACUGCGUGUGUCGCACGUUGGAGUGGGAGAACACGGAGUUUCUCGUGCAGUGCGAUGGGUGCGGGAUGUGGUUCCACUCGGACUGUUUGGGGUACGCGGAGUGCAAGUAUCUCGGGUUUUUAACGAUGUAUGGGGGCCGGUUUGUGGAUGUGAACGACGAGGCCGCGCAGUUCUACUGUCCGAAUUGCUGCGUGGGCGACACGAUGAAUAAAAUGACGAUUCUGACGGAGGAGGAAGUGAUCGCGCGAGGCGGACAAUUGAAUCCGGGGUAUGUGGAUCCGGAUGCGGUUCCGGCCAAUCAGGACGAGGCGCAGAGCGUGCAGAGCAGCGUGCAGACCAAUCUGGAGAGCAGUCUACAGCCGAGUGGGGAGGAGAAGGGAGGAGCGAUGCAGGAAGGCGCGAACGACACAGAUCCGUUUGUGGAAAAACGAAUCAAAAUAGAAUAG